AUGAAGUUGGCAAGCAGAGAGCUUGGAGCGAAGCUGAGUGUGACUCGUCUCAUUUCUUUUGAUUUUCAGGAAAACUACUUAAUGUCAACCCAGUGUGCUUCUCAGAGCCUUUUCACCAUUGUGCCUCAAAAGGGAGGCUGGUGCGUGGGGGAUGAGCUGACAGUCAGGAUCUUGUUGAAGGAUCACAAUGGAAACACUAAAAGAAAUGGAGGGGACUUUCUCAUUGCCAAGCUUCACAACCAGCAGCUCAAUGCAGGCGUAGUAGGAACUGUGCAGGACCACCUCAACGGAACAUUCUCUGCAGUGUUUCCUCUGCUAUGGAAAGGAGCGGCAGAUGUGGAGGUGACACUGGUGCAGACAAAGAAGGCUCCACUGUGUGACUUCUCUGACCCUAACACUGGAGAACAAUGGAUCUGCUACAAACCUUCAACUCUUGACUGUGACACUCGGGUCAUCCAUUCUAAAAACGUCAUACCACAUUCAACUAUCAGCAAGGAAGAAGAAGCCCUGUUCCAGAAGAGAAUAAACAUGAAAGUUCCUCUGAAAGCCGUGGGAAAUAAAAGUAUCUUAAUUCUGCCAAAAAAAGGAAAUAAGUUCAAAAAAAUGAGUGUAGGACCUUCUGGAUAUUAUUACAACGAACAAUGGAGAUCCCUGAGUGGCCCUGCAAUACGUCCAUUCAACAACAUCUCUGUCACGGCGUGUCUCAGGGGAAAACGGAUGUAUUUUUUUGGAGACUCUACUAUCAGACAGUAUUACCUCUAUAUCACAGCAUUACUAAAUCUCCAGACGUUUGACAAGAACAAUCCACCUCAAAGUGGUCCAUUCAUGGCUAUUGACUACAGAAGGGACAUUCUGGUAUCUUUCCGCGCCCAUGGACUUCCCAUUCGGUUUGUCGAUGUUCAACCGGCCCAGCUGCGAUACGUGGCUAAUGAACUGGAUGGUUUGAUUGGGGGACCCAACACUGUCAUUGUAGUCAUCCGAUCUGCAAACAUGAAAGAUCUGACCCUGACGGAGAGCCAGGCUAACAGUGACUGGUACUCCCUACAGCAGAACAAGGUGCUGCGGGCUGUGUUCAAAGACACUGGGGUCUUCCUGCUGGAUGCAUGGCAAAUGGUACAGACACAUCACCUCCCCCACAACCUCCACCCACCACCACAAAUCAUCAAAAUUAUGAUUGAUGCAAUAAUGUCCUACACAUGUCCACAAAUGUAA